GGCUUCACGACCGCCCACGACAUGCUCCACACCGCCCAGCCGCACAAGAAGGCGUGGCUGGUGACGCAGCCCAGCGCCCGCACCGGACCGCAGGGGAAGUGCCUCGAGUUCGCCUACGCCACCUACGGCUUAGGCAUCGAGGAAUUCCAAGUCAUCCUCCUCACCUACCUGACGGAGGAUGUGAACGACGCCCUCCAGAACGCCUCCAUCCCAGUCACCUUCAAGAGAACGAACCUCAUGAAGCACAAAGGGUCGACUCUCGGCCAGUGGGAGCAAGCGAGGGUCACGUUCUCGGCCAAAGGAGACUUCAGCGUGGCGUUCGAAGCCGUUCCGAACGCGAUGUACGGAAGGUACACUGGCUACGUCGCUGUGGAUGACAUCACCUUCAAGGACGGACCGUGCGAGAACGAAUGCAUCUUCGAUCUCAACUUCUGCGAGCUGACCAACGAGCCGAACAACGACGACUUCGACUGGUCUCUGGGCCGCGGGUCGGGCAAGACCAACACGGGGCCGACGCGGGACCAGGCCUUCUACUUCACGGACUCCGUUACCAGUGGUGGUUACGCCUUCAUAGACAGCAGGUACCCGAGGACAGCUGGUGAAGUGGCGCAGCUGGUUUCGCCCGCUCUCGAUGCGACGGAUUCCCCGAUGUGUCUGAAAUUCUGGGUCAACAUGUACGGCACCGGCAUAGGAGCCUUGAGGGUUUUGUACGUUCCAACAACGACACCAGACAACAUCCGGGAACUUUGGAAGCAAGAGGGUUCAUCAUCAGGUCCUGACUAUUGGUACCCCAGCCAGGUGACGGUGUUCUCGGCUGAAAAUUUCAACUUGGUGUUCGAAGCCUCAGUCGGAUCCCAGGGUUCGGGGGACAUAGCCAUUGACACCAUGACAUAUUCCCCGGGCCCUUGUCCUCGACAGCCCUCGUUGUCCUCAUCCUCCUGGGGAGACUGCACCUUCAUGGAGAACACGUGCGGCUGGCAAAUCCCUUACUUCCCAGACGAAGUUUGCUCGAUGCUGGGCCGUGUUUCAGAGAACAGCGAGAACCCGCCCGGCCACACCGAGAACGACUUCAACCUCAGAGAUUCGUACAUCCAGUUCGACCUCAACUGCUACCAACAGCAGCCGCGCCAUGCCGUGUCCCUGACCUUCGAGAACGCCAACAUCGCCAGUGAAAUGUGCCUCUCCUUCUGGGUCUUCAUGUACGCCCGAGUCCAGUCUGUGAGCAAGAUCGGCGCCUUGAGUGUGGUAUUGAGGACUGCCGGUGGCAACGAAACACUGUGGAGGCUGGAGAACGAACAGCAUGCUACCUGGAUGUACGCACAGGUCACCAUCCCUGCCGUGGGCGUGGCUUCCGUGGCAUUCCAGGGCACCAAGGCAGCGUCCCUGAUUGGCAUGAUUGGCGUGGAUGACGUCGCUGUCUUCAACGCUGCUUGUGAGGUGUUGCCAGAACAAGCGCGCGUGGAGGCAGCCGACUGCUCCUUCGACCAGGACCUCUGCGGCUGGAGCGCGCAGAACGAGAGCCCGUCGGCGAGGCCCUCCGAGGUGUGGCGCCUGGCGACGAGGGAAGGCUCCGUCGGGAGCCUCUUGGACCACACCUUCGGCGCUGACGGAGGCGGUUACGUGUACCUUGACGUCUUCAACACCGACGUCGUGGGCUGGCUGAGGAGUCCCAACAACCUCGAGAAGAACGCGACGUAUUGCCUUUCCUUCUACUUCGCUGCCUUGUUCCCCGACGCCAGGGAUGAGCUCGCCGUGGUCAAAGACCUGGUAGGGACACAGGAGCGAGUGUGGAGGGUGGGCGGCGAUUCCGUGAGGUUCGAGGACAACCAGUGGUACAAGGGGCAGGUGGAGCUGGAGGCGGUCGAGGACGGCUUCACGCUGCACUUCGAGGGGAGAGUGAGUCGGGGCGGCUGGGCGCUCGACGACGUCAGGCUCAGGAAGACCAGGACUUCUUGCAAGAUGACACCGGAUUUCGCAGAACAAACGCCAUGAACUCUGAAGCAGUGACCUGACCCUGACCUUUCUGUGUUCUCUUGUUCCUGACGAGGGUGACCUUUUUUUCCCUUGUGGGUUUUGAUGCUAUAAUAACCAUAACCUUUUUUUUUUUUGAAUUAUUAUCAUAUAUUUUUUUGUAAGUUGGUAUGCUUCUCUUAGAAGAUACAGUAUAGGAAUGAUUAUUAUUAUUUUUUUUUUAUGUAAUUUUCAUAUUUUUCUUUCAUUUUCAUUCUAACGAUUGUGUUACCUAUGUAUUGCAAAUAGACCCUGGGAUUGCCAUGAUAAACGUAUCUGCAAUUGAAUAUACAACCGACAUAAUAUGUUUAAUUAUCUGGUUAUUUGUUAGAUGUAUUGAUCUAUUAAAACAAUAUGUUAUAGUGUGAUCUACUUAUUGAGUACUCCUGAUUUAUUGGGCUUGGUAUAAAAGGUAAAUAAGACAUCAUUAAUUGAUACAUGCUAUAUUCCAAUACUUUUUUUAAAAUUAAAUGACUCAGACCACA